AUGGGUUUUAAAGAUUUACAUUGUUUCAAUAAAGCGCUGUUAGCAAAACAAGUUUGGCGAUUACUUAUUAAUCCGUCAUCUUUGCUCGCGAGGUUGUACAGAGGAAGGUACCACAGAUCAUCGACAUUCUUAGAGUCGGUGGGUGGGAGGAAUCCAUCGUAUGGAUGGAAGUCAAUACAAGCAGGAAAAUCCUUGCUUAAAAAAGGUUUACAAGUAAGAUUAGGAGAUGGUGAAGAUACAAGUGUCUGGAAUGAUAAUUGGCUCCCAGAGCUACCGCCAAGGGUGGUACAGCAACAAGGACAUCGAAGAAAGAUGAAAGUGAAGGAUUUAUGGAAGCCAGGAAUACGGGAAUGGGAUGAGGACAAGCUUGCUGCAUUAUUGGAUUUGGAAGAUGCCCGUCUAGCUAAAACCAUCCGGCUUUCAAGAUAUGCUCAGAAAGAUGAAUAUGUUUGGCCAUAUACGGUGGAUGGUGUGUAUACAGUGAAAUCAGGCUACUCGACGGCUACACAUAUUAUUCCCCAUGAAGACCAAAUUGAGCCUCCACCGGGAUCAGCUACACUCAAACAUGCAUUAUGGAAGACAAAGAUAGUGCCAAAACUCCAACACUUCUUUUGGAAGGGCACACUUGAAGAUAAUAUAAGGAAGUCAAUGUCAUUUACCGAGAUUGAAGAUCUGUCGUAUGAGGUCACACAGCCGCAGGAGGAUGCUAGGAGGGGCUUGCAAGCAGCAAUGGAAUGGUUAGAGGCAAAUCCGGAGAAGCAUAAUACGGAGAGGCAACGCCACGCAACAACUCAAUGGGAACCACCACCAGAAGGAAUUCUAAAGUGCAACUUUGAUAGUAGCUUCUCCCUAGAUAGUGAUUCUAUGGCUGUAGGAUGGAUAGUUAGGAAUCAUACGGGUAUGUUCAUGGAGGCAGGAUGGACAAAGCUCCCACAAGUUGAUUCGCCUUUACAAGCUGAAGCUUGUGGUUUCCUUUAUGUGGUUCAACGAAUAUGGUGCAAAGGAUGGAGAAAUGUGUGGUUUGAAGGGGACAAUUUGGAGCUUACAAAUAUAAUCAACCAACAAAAGAAGAGUAUGGAGCUCGGGAAUAUCCUUUGUGAUAUUAACUUUUGGAUUCAAAAGUUACCAUUAUGCUCACUUGGCCACAUCAACAGGGAAAUAAACCAAGCAGCAGAUGUAUUAGCUAAGGCUUACUUACGAUCACAAAAUUCUUGUAUGUUUCUUUCAUCACCACCAGUUUGGUUGAGGAAAUAUUUGUAUUUUCCAUUAACAUUAUGA